AUGACUAGUAGUUCCUGGAAUGGUGUACCGUUGUUCCUUUUAGGCGGGGUACCGUUGUUUCUUUUAAAUGGGGAACAAGGUUUAGUAGACGCUAAUGAUCAAAAUGCUGAUCAAGAUGGAGGCGCUAAUGAUCAAAAUGCUGAUCAAGAUGGUGGCGCUAAUGAUCAAAAUGCUUAUCAAGAUGAUGGCGCUAAUGAUCAAGAUGGAGGCGCUAAUGAUCAAAAUGCUGAUCAAGAUGGAGGCACUAAUGACCAAAAUGCUGAUCAAGAUGGAGACAUUAACAGACAGGGUCCUAAUGAUCAAAAUGCAGGUGCUAAUGAGCAAAAUACUGAUCCGGAUGGAGACACUAAUGAACAGGUUCCUAAUGAACAUGAUAUGGGCGCUACCGAGAAAAAUGCUGAUCAAGAUGGAAACACUAAUGAACAGAUUCCUAAUGAACAAGAUGUGGGCUCUACUCUGCAAAAUGCUGAUCAAGCUGGAAAUGCAAAUGAACGGGGUCCUAAUGAGCAAGAUGUAGGUGCUAAUGAGAAAAAUGCAGACAUUGAUAGCCUAUUCAUGCUGAUCAAAAUGCAGAAAGAUAUACACUUUCUGAGUAGAAUGGCAGCCGCCCCACCACCACCAACACAUCCAGUGAAUUUCCACACUUGGGGUCUGCGGAGGGUAGCCUCCCCAGCAUCUGAGUAUUUUAUAGCAGGAAGAUUCUUUAUGAAAUUGGACGAGCUUAUGUACCAGAAUGGUGUAACGUUGCACGAUGCUCUCUUUGAAGUCACUAAUGUACAGGCUCCUAAUGAUCAGAAUGGAGGUGUAAAUGGGCAGGAGCAUGAUUUAGAUGGAGGCGCUAAUGCUGAUCAAGAUGGAGGCGCUAAUGCUGACCAAGAUGGAGGCGCUGAUAAUCAAGUUGGAGGUGCUAAUGCUGAUCAAGAUGGAAGCACUAAUGUUGAUCAAUAUGGGGGCAUUAUUGAGCAGGUUCCUAAUGAACAAUAUUUAGGCGCAAACACUGAGCAAGAUGGAGGCGGUAAUGAUCAAGAUGGCGGCAUUAAUGAACAGUAUAAUAACGAUGAAGAUGGAGGCGCUAAUGAUAAAGUUGGAGGUGCUAAUGAUCAAGAUGAGGACGUUAAUAAACAGGUUCCUAAUGAACAAGAUGUAGGCACUAAUGAGCAAAAUGGUCAUCAAGAUGAAGGCGCUAAUGAAUAG